GAAUGGGUUUAGCACACUGAUUUUGAGCAAGUAUCCGUAUCGUGUGUGGCCCUGUCCUGCCUCGACCUCAAUCACACACCACACACUUUCUCUCUCCCUAUUCCCUAGCCCCUCCCUUGGUUACCACUGACCGCUGGCGACUGACCGAUAACUGAACCCCUGCUCUCCACCCCUCACACCGGUCUCCAUCCAAACUUGAGCUGUCACAAAACGCGGGGUCUAAACUCACAUCGCCCCCAUGUCCGCAGCACUUCCGAAGUCGAACCGCGCAGUCGUGUGGACCGGGGUGCGGAGGCUGGAAAUCCAGCAGCGGCCCAUCGUGGAGCCCGGGGAAGGCGAGGUGCUGGUCGAGAUCGUGGCCACGGGAAUCUGCGGCUCCGACUGCCACAACUGGGAGAGCGCCAGCGUCUCCCGCCAGCUGGUCCUGGGUCACGAGUCGUCCGGCGUGAUCAUCCAGGUUGGGCGUAACGUGACGGACCGGGCCGUCGGACAGCGCGUUGCCGUCGAGCCGGGAUUCGCUUGCAUGGAAUGCGAGUUCUGCCUUCGCGGCAACCCCAACACGUGCGCCAACCUCCGGUACUGCGGCCUCGACCCAACCGACGGCACCCUCUGCCAGUACUUCACCUGCCGGGCGUCCAUGACGGUGCCGAUCCCCGACAGCGUGUCGUGGGAGGAGGCCGGCGCCAUCCAGCCCCUGGCCAUUGCAGUCCAGCUGGGGCGACGGGCGGCGCUAAACGCGCAUCAGACCUUGGCCAUCUUCGGCUGCGGGCCCCUCGGCCUGCUCGUCCUGGCGGUGGCCCGGGCGUACGGCGUCGAGAAGGUGGUCAUGUUCGACGUCGAGGAGUCGCGCGCCAAGUUCGCCAAAGAGUACGGCGCCGACGCCGCCAUCGUGACACCCGCGGCCCCGCCGGCGUCGGUGUCGGGAGACACGAACGCGACGUUUUCGUUCGCGCAGGAGUACGCGGCGCGCAUCAUCGCCGAACACGACGUCGGAAACGGCUUCGACGUCGCGGUCGAGGCCAGCGGCGCCGAGAUAUGCGCCCAGAUGGCAGUGUGCGUGCUCAAGGCCGGGGGCACCUGUAUCCAGGCUGGUCUGGGCAAGCCCCUGACAGCGGUCCCGCUGUUCCUGCUCACUGCCAAGGAGUUGACCAUCAAAGGAACGGUCCGAUUCACCCCCGGCUGUUUCGCCGAUGCCAUCAGCCUCCUGUCCCGGAAGCUGGUCGACCUAAAGCCACUGAUUACGUCCACGUACCCUCUCACGGAGGCGGCCAAGGCGUUCGAGGCGCAGCACGCGAGGAAGGAUAUCAAGAUUGUUAUCAUGAACCAAAAGUGACGGGGAGUUUCGGUUCACGGUGCUUGUUGUAUGUACAUACACACCUACAUAAGCGCGUAAGAAUCCCACCAGGGCAAACAAGUAUCUCCCCUAACAAGAUAUAACACUUGCUACUAUAUAAAGAGAAGCGUGGAAGAAAUAUGCAGAACUGAAAAGGCAGAUGAGGAAAAAGGUUGGAAAAAGGGGGGGGCCUGUCCACUGGUGAAACCGC